UACAGUUAUAGACAGGCAUCAAUACACACAGUUAUACGUAUAAACAAAAAUGGAUAAAACUGUUAUUAUAUGCGUUGGUGAUAAAAGAUAUAACAUUGAAAUAAAAACCAUGUGCAAAUAUUCCUCGUUGUUCAGUGAUCUUUUAAAAAGUCUCCAGAGGGGCGAUGGUAAAGUACCUCGUGUAGCAGCUUCGAGCAAAGAAAGCAAGCACGUGCUGUUACAUAGGAACACCAACGUCUAUGAAGACGCAUUCGUGCUCGAAAUGAUUGGAAUCCCUAGCGAGGACGUUAAACUCACGUUAGACACGAUGACUACAACGAUGAAGGAUACAUCGUUUACUAGAAGUAACCUAUUGCGAAUGUUGCCAGUCGUGAAGGAGCUGAACAUUAGUCACCUUCAUCGCCGUAUUGACAAAGAACUACUUGCAAUAUUAAAUGCAUCUGCAUCCAGCUCCAAUGUGAACAUGAUCUUAGAAAACCUCCAAGUGGCUGAAAUAUAUAGCCUCAGCCGUGUGAAAGAAUGGUGCAUUGGUGCAUUUGUACUAAAAUCCAGUGCACAUGAUCGGAAUACGUUAUUAAAGGACUUUCACAUUUCUGAUGCUCCGAAACUGGAAAUCCUGAACAGAAUGGCAGACGCUGCCUCAAACAAUUAUGACAAAGAGUUGAAGAAUUUACGUGAUGAAUCAGAUCGUACUUAUAAACAAAUAGAGGUCAACAGAGCCGAAUUCGUUGCCAAGACCGAUAUAUGGAAGAAGGAAUUAGAGAAAAGGGUUCAGGUCGUUAUCGAUCAAAACGAAUCCCUCCAUAAAUCAUUUAUCAAAAGCGAUGGCUUUGAAUGGAUUGGUGAAAAGUUCGACGAAAUGAUAUCAUCUUCUUUCCACGAAAAGAAAAUCUUCAAAGAAUUGGAACAGAUAAAAGAGCAAACGAAAAAGUUGUUUGAAAAACUAGGUUUGAUAAAAGAUGAGGCUUUGGAAGCAAAGAUGGCUGAAGAAAGGUCUAAAAUAUUCGUCAAUGAGAAAAACUACACGGCAGGGGGUAAUAAUUGCACGGACGGAGAUGAGUUUACAAUCCUAAACUAUGAUCCGUGCGCUCGCCAUGGGACAGGUACCUGUGUUAACACUCUCGGGGGUUACAAUUUCACCUGCCUAGUGGGUUGGACUGGACCGCGAUGCCAAUACGUGGACGAGAACGUCAUCGCCUCGGACCGAGCCUGUCUUCGAGGAUUCGUGAACAAAGCCUUUAAUGACACGUACGCGGAAUGUCAAGAUAUUGAUGAAUGGAGUAACGGCAGCACUAACACGUGUGGAUUCCAUCAGCACUGCAAUAAUACUGCUGGUAGUUAUAAAUGUGAAUGUGAUAUCGGCUGGGAAGGCUCAAACUGUGGAAAAGAUAUAGAUGAGUGCACACGUGCAAAUAUUUGUGGUAUAAACCAACACUGUAUAAUUACUGGUGGCAGCUACGUCUGCCUUGGAGAUACUGCAAAUUCGUCAACGACAAACACUGUUGAUGUCGGUCAUAUGCACAUUGUACAUAGUUCUGCAUAUGCGAAGCAAAAUCCGGAGAACCAACAGGAAACAACACUUGAUGUUGUUCUUGGCUCCGUAUUUGGCACCGUAGCCUUCAUGUCCGGAUUUUUAGUGGCACUGAGUGCAUAUGAAAACGUGCAGCAAGAAAAACAAGGUGGAAUCUAA